AACCAACCACACUGGAGUUAUCCUCUCGCUCCACUCCACUUCCCACUAGCUAGCCUCCAAGAAGCAGAGCAGAGCUGAGUACCAUGGCGAUGCUGCGGGCUGUGUCCGUCACGGUCGGCGUGCUGCUGGCGGCGGCCACGGCGGCGGACUCGUGGCUGUACGAGGAGUUCACCACGGACGGCAACGUGCGCGCGGACUACAACGCGCAGGGGCAGCAGGUGGCGUCGCUCAUGCUCACCCAGCAGUCCGGCGGCGGCGCCUUCGGCUCCCGGCAGAAGUACCUCUACGGCGAGUUCAGCAUCCAGAUGAAGCUCGUCCCCGGCAACUCCGCCGGCACCGUCACCUCCUUCUACCUGUCGUCGGGCGACGGCCCCGGGCACGACGAGAUCGACAUGGAGUUCAUGGGCAACUCCACGGGGCAGCCGGUGGUGCUCAACACCAACGUGUGGGCCAACGGCGACGGCAAGAAGGAGCACCAGUUCGACCUCUGGUUCGACCCGGCCGCCGACUACCACACCUACACCAUUAUCUGGAACGACAAGAACGUCCUCUUCAAGGUGGACGACCUCUUCGUCCGCUCCUUCAGGCGCUACGCCGACCUCCCCUACCCGGGCGCCAAGCCCAUGUCCGUGCACGCCACGCUCUGGGACGGCAGCUACUGGGCCACGCAGAAGGGCAAGGUCCCCGUCGACUGGUCCGGCGCGCCCUUCGUCGUCUCCUACCGCGCCUACUCCGCCGACGCCUGCGUGCCCGCGGAAGGCAGCCCGCUCUCCUGCCCCGCCGGCACCGACCGCUGGAUGAACCGGCAGCUCGACGACGCCGAGCGCGGCACCGUCGCCUGGGCCAAGCGCGACUACAUGCGCUACAACUACUGCGACGACGGCUGGCGAUUCCCGCAGGGCUUCCCCGCCGAGUGCUCCCGCGGCUGAACUCAACUGAUUGAGAUUUGAGUUCACGUCCCCCAUCCCCCGAUGCUGGAGAUUGUACGUUCUUAGCUUGAUUCAUUUUUCUGGUUUCUUCGGUCGGCUCCUCUUUUCCUCUAUGUGUUGUUUUCGUCAGAAAACCUCUCUCUGUUUUUUCUUAACGAGACGGGUUAACUCUAACGAUAAUAAACGUAAAUUCGUUGAGUAAA